AUGGACUGGCGGUUUCACGGUGCACUCGCACUGCCAUGUUCCUUGAGUCACGGUUUCAGACGCCUGGAAGAUCCUACAUCGACCGAAUACAGGGAACUUUGCCAGUAUUUAUUCGGCUCGAAUCAGCCUACUCACAAGAUGAGCUUCGAGAUCAAGGAUAUCUACGAAGUCUUUGUCAAAACCAGAGCGAGAAACGCAUAUGAUGACUGGAUUCAGAGUCGCGAGGACCGCGACACCGAGGAGCGCCUGCUUUUAUGGCACGGUACUAGGCUCUCUUCGCUGCAUGGCAUCUUGGAUGUGGGUCUGCAGAUCCGACGGCGUGGCGUCUUGUACACUGGCACCAUCGGGGGACAUCAUUCUUAA